GAAUCGCCUCCCUCUCCCUGCCUCCCCCCUUUUUGUCGUAGUCGUCGUCGUUGUUGAAAAUGACACAUUGCUGGCAGUGCGGGCGGAAGGGUCGUGUCCGGGGUUGGCGUGAGGCGCUGGGGAGCUCCAGCGAGGCGCUGUGCGAGCUCGGCAGUGCCAGGGAGGGAAGUGGCGGCUUUUACCCCCGCCCCGGGUUUCAUCUGCUCCUGUCUCUCCGUUCGUGGGGCUUCGGGUGGUCCCUCGGGGGACAGUAAUCCCAGGGGAGCCUUGGAGGCUUCAUUUUUAGAUUCACUCCGGGCUUUGCCGCAAUGGAGUGUCGAUAAGCUCUUCCUGCCGCCCCGCUGUGUACAAAGAAAACUGGAGUUUGACAGUUCCCGCUAUGGAUGGCCUGGUUCCGGCAAAAGAGUGCCUGUGUGUGAAGGGAUAAAGCUGGAGUACAACAAUUCUAUGCUAUACAAGUCCAUUAUUGAAGAUGUGAUUGAAGGUGUGCGGGAACUUUUUGCAGAAGAGGGGGUAGAGGAACAGGUUCUGAAAGACUUGAAGCAGCUUUGGGAAACCAAGGUGACAGAGUCUAAAGCAACAGAAGGCUUCUUCAGGCAUGGCCACUGUUCUGCACAGUUCACCCUGCAGCUGCCACACAAUUUUCACAGUGUUCUGCAGGCUUCAGCAGCUUCUUUUGUCAUCCCAGCUGGCAGAGGUUUUCAGCAUUUCACAGCUGCAGAACUGGGGCCCUCACAAGCAGGGACAACUCUUGGUCUCCCUUCGGCUGUUGCUUAUCCCAUACACCUGCCAGCUGGAGUGACAGUACAGACAGCCCCAGGGCAGCUUUAUAAAGUAAAUGUGCCUGUUAUGGUUACACAGCCCUCAGGAGAUAGCAGCAUUCUACACCCUCCUGUGCAGCAGAUAAUUCAUCCCCUUGGGCAACCUUCAGUUCUGCAAGCCAGCGUUACCGGCGUUGCACAGAUGAAUGCACCUUCUUUCCAGGCAGCUGGUGAAACACUGCAACCCCAGGAGGCUGUUGUCCAACAGACUGUGGUAUUUAAACCAAACAUUGUGGAAAAAAAAACCCUGGAGAACUCUGCUUCAUUGGUCCAGCAGCCUCCUGCGAGUCAGCAGGAACUUGCAACUAAUGCAGUGUUGAAUCGGUGUGCAGACUCCACAGAAAACUCCCAGCACGACAAUCUUCACACAACUGUGUUUACUCCAGAAUCCUCUGUAGGGCUUUUUCUUGAUGAAUCCUUGGCGAACAACUCGAGCAGUGCGCUGCUGGAUGUGGAGGGGCAGCUGGACAUGGAGCCUCCGGACCUGGUGCAGCAGCAGAUGUCUGAUGAUAUCAUUGACCUGAUUAUUGCGAAUGAAAGUUUGGAUGACAAUGCAUUCCUGAAAGGUCAGGGCAGCAUUGCUUCCUCUGACAAGACGGAAUAUAACUUCCGAUCGGAGAAGGACACCUGCGGUGACAUUGAAGGCAUAGUCCAGCUAGAUGGUACUGGUGAUGUUUCAUCCAAGGAAGAAAUAGCAUGUACAAAAGAUAAGGAAGAGAAUGAAUUCAUUGGAAUUAUUGAAUCAGAGGAUCUAAAAGUUCUGGAUGAUGAGGAAGACUAUGAUGAAGAAUGUGACAGUACUUCAAAUAUGGAGUCUAGCUGCAGUGGUGGUGAUAAUGAAGACCUCCAAAUAGAUAUAGUUGAGGAGGACCCCUUGAACUCUGGUGAUGAUGUCAGUGAACAGGACAUUCCAGACUUAUUUGACACCGACAACGUGAUAGUUUGUCAGUAUGACAAGAUACAUCGAACUAAGAACAAAUGGAAGUUCUUCUUAAAAGAUGGAGUGAUGUCCUUUGAGGGUAAAGACCAUGUUUUUGCAAAAGCCAUUGGAGAUGCAGAGUGGUGAAACCUCACUGAAGCAUGGACUUCAAGACUGUGGCAUUAUUCCCUUAUGAAACUUCUGUUGUGAAACAACUGGACUUUCUAUUGUUUUGCCAUAAAACCUCCCAACAGAUAAUAAAACAACAAAGCUGUGAUAAAAAUAUGCAAAA